CUGCCACUGGUCGGGUGGCCGAAUGACGAAGCAGCAGGUCGUUAUUUCAUUAAUACAAGCUCAUGUUGUCUCAUAAGAGACUGCCGAGCACCAGAGAAGUCAAAGCAGAGCCAAACAGCGCGGAAUCAGUACGAGCUAACGGAAGGUACUUAGCGAUACACAGACAGGAUGGCAGCCUUUGGAAGGGAAAAUUCUACGACGACGACGACGAUGACGACGUCGACGACGACAGCAGUGGCGGCUAUAACCACAGUUCUAUUCGACCUGGACAACACGUUGAUCGAGACUAGAAAGGGGGAUAGUUUAGCCUGUAGAAAGCUGUCUGAGGAAUUGACUCAGGAGUACGGAGUGCCGCAAGAAUUGUCGAGCAAAAUAACGACCAGUUAUUUGAAGCAGUUUAGAAAAUGCCCGGACAAUCCAAAGUAUAGUUUAGACGUCUGGAGGAUAUCGCUGUGGAGCAAAGCGCUGGGCGAAAGUUACUCGUACCUGACCAAAGCUGUCUACGAAAGAUGGCUGGAGCUGAGAUACCACUACCUCGCGCUCGCCGGCGACACAAUCUCCAUGCUGCUUCAGCUCAGGAAGAAAUACCUCAUCGCUUUAAUCACAAACGGACCGUCCAACGCACAGUGGGAAAAAAUCCGUAAGCUCUCGUUGAACCAGUACUUCGACCUCAUUCUAGUCUCCGGAGAUCUUCCAUGGGAAAAACCUGACCCGAGGAUAUUCGAGGAGGCCUGCCAAUGCCUGAAAGUCACACCGGUCGAGUGUAUUAUGGUCGGCGAUAAGCUGGAGACCGACAUUCAAGGGGGCAUCGAAGCUGGGCUUGGAGGAACGGUGUGGAUACCGACGACAGACAAGCCGCGACUUUGCGCUGGGGAUCCGAAGCCGGACGUGACUAUAAAACACGCCACCGAUGUCUCCAGUGUCCUGAAUCGUGGGCCAGGAGCACCGGAGCUGGAAGAUUCGUCGUCGAAUGCUUCGGACGGCAGCUGAUGGGAGGAUAGAUCGUUCUUCGAGACACGUGUCAUGUCUCAAUUCUCAGUAGAGAUAUAUUAUAAAGUUACGAGACUUAAUUUAGCUAAUUUCGCAUAGAGAACCCCUCCUAAAAACGUCUGGCACUUCGUCUUGUCACUUUACGAAUUUAACCGUUCGUAGAUACUUUUAUUCAUAUUAUCAUUACUAUUCUCACCCGCGGAAGCAGUAAUUUGGACUAGCUAUCUUAAAGGGUGAAGGGGAAAAGUAAAUGAAAUAUCGAAGAAAUGAUGUUUCGACGAUACUUUGAAACAUCGAUAUCUUAUUGUAGAACUUAUUCUAGUUUUUUUUUAUUAUUACUACCUUGUUUUUCUUUCUCUUUUUCCACUAAAGCAGAUGAUUAGGUAUUUAAAUGCAUCGCUAUAGAAUGUACAAAGUGUUCUUCGAAGAGUUGUAAAAAAUCUGUUUUCAAAUCCUUGAACACGUUCGUAGUGUUGUUUCAAGGUCUUGGCUUGCGCAAGUUCGAUUCUUACAAUAGACGUUAGUCAACUCGGAGAUCGGGAUCUUUUCUAACCAGAGCCAGAACCAACGAACGAUUUGGUAGACUGCAAUACUAGACUGUUAUUAAUUAUAAAUUUCUUAUAAUAUACGUAUAACAUAGGUACUUGAUUCAUCGUCGAUUAAUUCAUUUAUAAAACUAACACUUUGCGAUACGUUUUCUCCAGCAACGUAAGUCUCAGAAUGAUUCAAUUGUCUUAGGUUGUAGAGUAGGCUGGUCGUACUUUCUUUUUUCUCUUUCUUUCCCUCGUCAUUCGAUACUUAUUUUAUUUUUAUUUUCUUACCACUUCCCGGUAUUUUCUAUUCAUUUCCGCUUCGCCCCCUUAUGACGUGAUCAACCGACCCAGUUGCAGCGUAGAGUAAAUGGAUGGAUAUUCGUACGUAAAUUACAAACGUCGUUGAAAUAUUAUUACUAUUGUUAUUGUCAUUGUUAGUCGGUAAUGGUAAUUAUAGAAAAUCGAACGAACCAUAUCGACUCCUAUUUAACUCCAGAAAAACAAUUCACUUGAAGAUAAAUCGUAGAUAAUUUAGAUAUAUUAAUACAUGUAUGUACAAAGACAGGAGCACGCUUAAUACGUGCGUCGCUUAAUAUUGCCGUAAAGAUUGAG